GCUUCCAACCAAACAACAAUAUUAACCAACACACAAAUUAACUAUAGUCUAGCUCUCUCUUGUGCUUGCUAAUGCUAGCUUGUUCCCUCCUAAGUAGCAUAGUUCUUGCACUAGUUAAUUAGCAUUAGCUUCAUCCAUUAGUAACUGAGAUCUAUCACCACUCACUAGUCACUCUAGUUAUUAACUAUGCUAGAAGUUAAGGUUAGAUAUAGUGCUUAGAGAGGAAUUAAACCCUAACUAUAUAUAGCUUGUCUUUUUUUCUUCUUCUUCCUCCUCAUCUUGCUAGCUAUAGCUUAUAUACCAUGAGGACAGAACUACUCACCACCAUCUCCUUGCUCUUCAUCUUCUUCUCCACCAUGAACCCUAGCUCUGCACAGCUUUCAUGGCUUUUCUCUCUCCUGUAUCUCUCUGUGGCCAUGGCGCUGCUCGCCUUGCGGUUUCUUUUGAAGCGCCAUGCGCAUGAUGCACGACGUCGGGUUAAUGGCGGCGCCGGCGGCGGCGCCAUUCCCGGGCCGCGGGGGUGGCCGCUCCUGGGCUCUCUCCCGGCGGUGUCCGGCCCGCUCAUGCACCGCCGCCUCGCGGCGCUGGCCGACGCGCACGGGGAUCGGCGGCUGAUGUCGCUGUCCCUCGGCGCCACGCCCGUGGUGGUGAGCAGCCACCCGGAGACGGCGCGGGAGAUCCUCGCCGGCGCGGCGUUCCGCGACCGGCCCGCCAAGGCCGCGGCGCGCGAGCUCAUGUUCUGCCGCUCCAUCGGCUUCGCCCCGGCCGCCGCCGGCGCGGACGGCUACUGGCGCCUCCUCCGCCGCGCCGCGGGCGCCGGCAUGCUCUCCCCUCGCCGCGUCGCGGCGCUCGCCGCCCUCCGCGCCCGCGUUGCCGACCGCAUGUCCAAGAACGUGUCCCUCCACGUCGCCGCCGGCCAGGCCUCGUCCAUGCGAGCCCUCCUCCAGGCCGCCUCCCUUGACAACAUGGUCGGCAGCGUGCUAGGGCUAGAACAACACCCACAACAACAAGAAGAAGAUGGCCGCCAUGGCGGCAGCAGCAUGAGCAUGAGCAUGGUGAUAAAGGAGAUGGGUGAGAUGGUGAAGGAAGGGUAUGAGCUGGUGGGCAUGUUCAACCUAGGAGACCACUUCAGCAGCAGCAUGUGGCUGUGGGGGUUGCUGGACUUCCAUGGGGUGGGGCCCAGGUGUCAGAGGCUGGCAGCUAGGGUUAGGGUUCUCUUUGGGAGGGUGGUGGAGGAGAGGAGGAGGAUCAACAAGGAUGAGCUGCACAAGAUGGAUGAUCUUCUUAGCUACAUGGUUGCCAUGCCUGAGGAUGAAAGGCUUCAGGACUCUGAUCUAAUUGCUGUCCUCUGGGAGAUGAUCUUUCGUGGGACAGAUGUGGUGGCCAUACUCCUGGAAUGGGCCUUGGCCAGGAUGGUACUUCACCCAGACAUCCAGUCCAAGGUACAACAAGAGCUGGACAUGGUGGUUGGCCAUCGACCCAUGGUCGACUCCGACAUCCCCAACCUCCCCUUUCUCCAUUGUGUCAUCAAGGAGACCCUUCGGAUGCACCCGCCAGGCCCACUUCUUUCAUGGGCCCGUUUGGCGGUGCAAGAUGUUCGCGUGGGGAAGUAUUUUGUUCCCGCUGGGACCACGGCCAUGGUGAACAUGUGGGCUAUAUCGCAUGACGAGACUAUAUGGGGUGACCCAUGGGUGUUCCGACCAGAGAGGUUCAUGGAGGAAGACGUUAAUGUGUUGGGAUCGGACUUGAGGUUGGCACCUUUUGGGUCAGGUCGCCGAGUGUGCCCUGGCCGAAUGAUGGGCCUCUCCACCGCCUAUUUGUGGUUCGGUCGGCUGUUGCAGGAGUAUAAGUGGUUGAUGGCUCAGCCUGUUAAGCUUGCAGAGUGCCUCCGUCUUUCUAUGGAGAUGAAGAAACCUCUGGUUUGUCGUGCGGUUCAUCGUAACAAAACAGUCUAUUAGCUGGGUUUGCAUGGGUGGUGUUAACCGAAGACUAAAUGCUGUGUAUGUAAAUUAGACAUAUCUACAUGGAUGGUCUUGCUAAUAUAUAUUUGCGAAACCAUGUUUAUGACUUGACGAAGUUGUCGAGUAAACAUGGAAUUAAAAGGUGGUUAGGGCUGACUAAUUUAUUCCGUGUGUAAUCAGCCUUUUAUAUAUGAAUCGCGGCAUGUUACUAA